UUAGUUGUGUUAAAAUUAGUGAAUUAUUAGAGUUUGUACAAUGUCUUCUGAAUUCUCAUCUACUAAAUUGUAUUUGAGCCAUUCCAGUUUAAGUGUCUACAUUAAUAUAUUUCAUAAUUCUAAUUUGGAGCGUAAUCACCUGUUAACAAAACAGGAUUUAACAAAUAUUAAAAAUGGUUAUAGAAUUCGCAACGAAAGUGAUACACCAAGUUUAGAUGUGUGGUUGAACGAGAUGGACAAUUGCUGCUACAUUCCAAUAUAUAAACCAAAGAAUGAGUACUCCACAGAAUUCCCGUUUCUGAAGAAAGAGGAUUUUGUUUUAGUCCUUAUAAAUAAAUGGCAAUUGCAGCAGCUCAUGGAUUAUGAAUCGAACUUCAUUUGCGUAGAUAGCACACCUGGCCUAAACGACGAUGGAUUACAGUUGCACACUUUAAGUGUAUUAAAAGACUCAGAAAAGGGGUUCCCUUGUGCUUUCUUAAUCUCAAAUCGAACGGACGAACAAAUAUUGUGUUUAUUUUAUUCCGGUGUUAGGGAAUGCUGUGUGUGCAAAAUAAGGACACAAGUGUUUAUGUCGGACAUAGCCGAUUAUUAUUAUGAUGCUUGGGUGCAAGUGAUGUAUCCAGCAGAACUUAGAUUAUUUUCUAUAUGGCAAGUGGACCAAGACUGGAUAAAUCAUUUAAAUAAAAUUAAUUCCAGAGAGAAACAGAUUGAUGUCUAUGGAAAAUUAAGAAUCCUACUCUACGAAACAGAAAAAAAUACAUUUGAGACAAUGAUUCAGCAAUUUGUGCAAUCACUUUUAGAAGAUAAAGCCACCUUGAAUUUUGCAAGAUAUUUUCAAGUGAAUUAUUUCCAUAAAGUUUCGGUUUGGGCGCUCUGUUACAGAUUGAAUUAUGACAAAGAUACACAGUUGCAUCUGGAAAGGAUGCACAGGACAAUAAAAUACCUGUUCUUGGAUAACAAAUAUUUGAAACGGUUUCAUAUGUUUUUUAAUGCCACAUUGACGUACAUUAAAGACAAACUGUUUGAUCCAACAAUUAUGUCAGAUCCAAUGGUAGUGUGGUCGAAAACGGCGAGCAUGAAAAAUAAGCAUAUCGCCAGUAUGUCUCUAGACUUGUCUUCAGUGAUGGUUACCCAAUGGGGCGGUUUUAACGUUUAUGAUAUGAAUCAUAUUUAUGCAGUUCAGAAGAAUAACGACCUCUGCUCUUGCACUGUGAUCUGUUCAGAAUGUGAGGUAUGCAUGCAUGCAUAUUCCUGCACAUGCAUUGACUAUGCAGUCAAGUGGAAAAUGUGCAAACACAUUCAUUUGGCUUUACGUUAUAAAAAGACGUAUCCUAAAUUAUGCGCAAGAGUGGAGGAAAAACAUUCUGCAGAUAAUUACGAAGACGAGAGUGAGGAAACGACAACAACGGACUCUAUUGCCAAAAGGCCACAAGACACAACAGUACAGGCAAGAGUAAACGAAAUGAAAAUGAUAUUUGAGGAUGCGAUCAAAAAAAUCAAUUCGCACAAUAUGUGCGAUGCCUUAGCAAAAAUACUUGCUCCAAUUCAUCCAACGUUGGACACUAUAAAAAUGCUAGAGUGAAUAGCAUUGAGAUAUUACCAUUGGACAUAUGUUAUUUAUUUAGAAAUCCUGUUUUCUAAUUGUAAUUUUUAUAUAGAAGUUAUUUUUUUAUAUUUUCUAAA